GUGCAGUGGAGCGAAAUUUGAAGGAACCUAGCGGCGGCCGGUUCGGCCACCAAACUGUGUCUGUCGCUGGCAGCUGGCUCCCUGGGCUGCUUGAGUCGAGCCAUCAUGCCUAUCCGCGCUCUGUGCACUAUCUGCUCCGACUUUUUCGAUCACUCCCGUGACGUGGCUGCCAUCCACUGUGGCCACACUUUUCAUCUGCAGUGCCUAAUCCAGUGGUUUGAGACAGCACCAAGUCGGACCUGCCCACAGUGUAGAAUCCAGGUUGGCAAAAAGACUAUUAUAAACAAACUUUUCUUCGACCUUGCCCAGGAAGAGGAGAAUGUCUUGGAUGCAGAAUUCUUAAAGAAUGAACUGGACAGUGUCAAAGCUCAGCUUUCCCAGAAAGACAGGGAGAAACGGGACAGCCAGGCCAUUAUCGACACUCUACGGGACACCCUGGAAGAACGCAAUGCCACCGUGGAGUCCCUACAGAACGCCUUAAAUAAGGCAGAGAUGCUGUGUUCCACCCUGAAAAAGCAGAUGAGGUUCCUGGAGCAGCAGCAGGAUGAGACCAAACAAGCUCGGGAGGAGGCCCACCGACUCAAGUGCAAGAUGAAAACCAUGGAGCAAAUUGAGCUCCUACUCCAGAGCCAGCGGUCUGAGGUGGAGGAGAUGAUUCGAGACAUGGGUGUGGGACAGUCAGCGGUGGAGCAGCUGGCUGUAUACUGCGUGUCCCUCAAGAAAGAGUAUGAGAAUCUGAAGGAAGCUCGGAAGGCCUCAGGGGAACUGGCUGACAGGUUGAAGAAGGAUUUGGUGUCCUCUAGGAGCAAGUUGAAGACUCUCAACACUGAGCUGGAUCAGGCCAAGUUAGAACUGAGGUCAGCCCAGAAGGACUUACAAAGUGCUGACCAGGAGAUCACGAGCCUAAGAAAGAAGCUGAUGAUCCUCCAGGGAACCUUGAGCCUGCCUCCAGCAACCAAUGAGAGGGUCAGCCGCCUGGUUUUUGAGAGCCCAGCCCCUGUGGAGAUGAUGAACCCGAGGCUUCACCAGCCACCCUUCAGUGAUGAGAUUGAUCUCAAUACUACCUUUGAUGUAAAUACCCCUCCAGCCCAGACCUCCGGCUCCCAGCAUUACCUCCCCAAGAAGCUGUGCCUGGAGAGGGCACGCUCUCCCGUGCAGAAUGUCCUCAAGAAGGUGCGCAAAGUCUCCAAGCCGGAGUCCCAGCUCUCACUAGGUGGCCAGCGAUGUGUAGGAGAGCUAGAUGAGGAACUGGCUGGUGCCUUCCCUCUCUUCAUCCGGAAUGCUGUCCUGGGUCAGAAACAGCCCAACAGGACCACAGCAGAAUCCCGUUGCAGCACAGAUGUGGUAAGAAUAGGCUUCGAUGGGCUUGGAGGACGAACUAAAUUCAUCCAGCCUAGGGACACAGCCAUUAUCCGACCAGUGCCUGUUAAGUCCAAGGCCAAGAGUAGACAGAAAUUGAGAAUAAAGACUGUGAGUUCUGCCUCCCAACCCAAGCUGGACACCUUCUUAUGUCAGUGAACGGUGACCAGAGUCAUGUCUGCAAUUAGUGGGCCAAGACCUGGCCAACCGGAAGUGUUUUUGGAAGAUGGCUCCUCUUGGACCAGUCCAAGAGGGAUGCCCAGAAAACACACUUCCUGUGUCCACUGUGCCCCGCACCACACUGGGAAGCCACGUGACCAGUUUACUGUUCCGAUCAGCAGGGCCUACUUCCAGUUGCAGGGUUUUGCUUAUAGCUACAACCAGGUGUGGCUGGACUCCUUUUGUUUUUAUAGAACAGGGUCACAUUGACUCUUAAGUGGAUGGGAGUGCUGGAGGAUCCUAUGCAGGCUGGAGGACCCUGAACUUGAACUCCUGCCUGCCUCCAGCUUAUUGCUUCCAAUUAUGGGGUGAGGCGGUGAUAGGGAAAGGAUGGGGAAGUUUUCUGUGUAAAAUAAAAAGGCAUCUUUUCUUCUAA